ACUGAUCAAUCGAUGUUGCUUUGCUCAGCUUCCCACCUCCGUGUUUGACAUGUAGCUAGCAUUCAAAUUCGUGUCAUGUGCGACUGUGGAAAAUAACACGGUUGGGUGCUUUGUUUCUUCUGUUUUAUAAAUCGUCUCAAAAAUGUUUUCGUCUACGUGGAAUUUUCUGAAGCGCCACAAAAGGAAAUUUAUUUUCGCUGGAGCUUUUGUCGGAGGUGUGUACUUUCUUGGUAAAUAUGCUCAAAAGAAAAUCCGAGAGAUGCAGGAGCGUGAGGCAUCAGAGUACAUCGCUCAAGCCCGACGUCAGUUCCACUUCGAGAGUAACCAGAGAACGUGCAACAUGACAGUGUUGUCAAUGCUCCCUACAUUAAGAGAAGCCAUUUUACAUCAUUUAAACUCUGAGAGCCUCACUACACUGCUGAAGAGCAAACCAGCAAAUAAACUUGACAUAUGGGAGGACCUGAAGAUUAUUAGUUUCACCCGAAGUGUUGUGGCUGUGUACAGUACAUGUAUGUUGGUUGUUUUACUCCGUGUCCAGCUCAAUAUCAUUGGUGGCUACUUAUACUUGGACAACUCUGUCAGCAAGAGUGGCAUGAUGCCCUUGGCCCCUCCAGAUGUGCAACAACAAUACCUCUCCAGCAUCCAGCACCUCCUUGGGGAUGGGUUGAGUGAGAUGAUAACAGCAGUUAAGAAAGCUGUGCAGAACACAUUGGGCGGGGUGUCCCUGAAGCAGAGUCUGUCCCUUCAGGAGCUGGAGCAGCACCUUAACCAGAUCAGAGCCCAGGUGGAGGAGGGAGACGGGGACUCCACACACAGACCUCUCUCCUGGUACAUGAUGCCUGACGAGGAGAACACUCUGGCUGCACAGGCCUGUGGUCUGACGGAGAAUGAUGUCACUACGAUAAAGCUGCUCAAUGAAACCAGAGACAUGCUUGAAAGCCCGGACUUCGGAACUGUACUCAACACCUGCCUGAACAGGGGCUUCAACCGUUUCCUUGACAACAUGGCAGAGUUUUUCCGGCCCCCACCCGGAGCACAAGGAGACUCCACCCCCAUCACUACACCUGAUAGUCUCUCGCAUGUAAGUCUCCCAGUUGCCAAAAUCAUCCCCAUUGUGAAUGGACAGAUCCACUCCAUCUGCAGUGAAAUACCAAGUCACUUUGUACAGGAUCUCCUGAUGAUAGACCAAGUGAAGGAGUUUGCUGCCAAUGUGUAUGAGACAUUCAGCACAUCCCAUGAACUGCAGAAAUAAGGGAGUUGACAUAUUCCUGGUAGACCUGGCCUGCUCUUCCUGCUCUGUAUCUUUGCAUGACGCUGCCUGCUGUGGACAUCACGAAUGGAGGAAGAAAUGCUCUUAUUCGCUGUACCAUGUCAGAAUACUUGAGGACUGUUCCAUUGUGGAAUGUAAUGCCAUGAACUGCCGCCUACUCCAGCUGUAGACCUCAAGGUGAGAUACCCACUUCAUCUUGGGAAGUUGAGUUUUUGGCUCACGGUUUAUAAAGUCAGCCAGCCAGACUCCUCUGAAUCAAAGUAACUUUCCUGUGUCAUGAAAAAUAAAUAAAAUCCUGAAAGCCUUGUCCCACUUUACGUAGACGUUGUUUCGAUACAUUAACCAUAAGUUGAACUACUGUCGCUUUGAGUUUGAACUAUUUUCUCCUUUCUAUUACUGUUGUUGAAGAGUCAACUCUUACCUUCCAUUUUGACCUUUAAUCUACCAUUAUCAACAGUGCUGUGUCAUCAAGGCUGCAAGUUCUCAUUACACCUCAGUCUAAUUCCUGUUUAACAAUGUUCAGUAUUGUCUAAUACAUAAUUCUGCACUUUUUAUGUUGUCUCUUCUUUGGAAAUGUAAUCUUUAAGGUUUGUUUUCUUAAAUCAUGGAAAUUGGGAAAUUUCAGAGGUGAGAAUGUAGGCCUAUGUAUUAUAUAUUUUGUAACAUAACAUUCUAAAUGACAACAGAAAAUGUAAGUACUGUAGUGUUGACAUUGAAAAUUAUAAACACAUGAUUUAAUAUAUUCAGUAUUUGAUUUGUGUUUCCUAUUAUACAGAAAUGUAGGUUGCCGUUUCAUUGACUGCUGCGUCUGUAUCAUACUGUAGUGUUGAUUUAAGAAGUUCCUUUGUGCAGCAGCAGAGGGCAGCACAGAACUAAGGACUAACGUUGACUCCCUCACUCCCUCAAGCUGCCAAUAAAGGCAGGUUGGCAUUUAUUCGGAUGACUCAUGAAGGAUGCUCUGCAGGGUAGCACUAGAUGGCACAGCUAGAAAUUAAUCAAAUCUGAUUUUAACCCUAACCUUGUGCCUAACCUUAAAUUAAAACCCAAAAUCUUAAAACAACCCCCAAAAAAUAUAUAUUUUUUUAACGAUAUAUAGCCAAUUUUGACUUAGCAGCUGGCCCAUCUUGUGGAAUUCACUUAGUACUGCCUCCAGGACAAGAUUCAUAUCAAUAAAUGUCAACCUGCUCAAUAAAAACUUGCUAUGGACCAAGUACAGCUCUAUUAAAUGUUAUUAGGAAAUACAUUAGAUUACCUUCCUUGUUAAUUUCACAGUAUUUAUUUUACAAAUGGAUCCGCCACCAUUAUUUAAGAAGUUAAACAUAAAGAAAAUGACCAAAAACAUGUA